AUGCAAGGUGCGGUGACAAGGAGCGGUUAUCACUAUGGAGUGACAUCUUGUGAAGGAUGCAAGGGAUUCUUCCGGCGGAGCAUACAGAAGCGUAUGGAGUAUCGAUGUCUACGUGAUGCAGCCUGCCCGAUCUACAAGCAGAAUCGAAAUCGCUGUCAAGCAUGCCGUUUUAAAAAAUGCAUCACUGUAGGAAUGUCGCGAGACUCAGUGCGCUUUGGUCGUGUUCCAAAACGCCCUGUAAAAGAGAUAUCUGAUGUGGACACGUCGGAUUCUGAGGAGAAACCUGAAGUAUCGUCCACUACUUCUCCCGAGCCUCUCAAGGCAGUGCUGAACCAGGUACGUUUCAUUUCUACGUAA